AAUGCUGCAACGGAGGCGCAGCGAGCUGAGCAUCAUCAGAACAGGUCACCAUGGGGAACUGCUGUGAGGCCAUCUGCAAUGUCCGAAAGAACACCAACGUGCGGGUCAGUCUGCCGGCGGUCUGCUUCGUUUGGCAGAUUGCUAUGGUUAUCCUCUUUGGGGUCUUCAUCCGCUACGAUGAUGAGUCGGACGCUCACUGGGAGGAAUUCAAAGAGGAGAAUAACAUCACCAGCGACAUUGAGAAUGACUUCUAUUUCAGAUAUCCGAGUUUCCAGGACGUCCACGUCAUGAUCUUUGUUGGAUUCGGUUUCCUGAUGACCUUCCUGAAGCGUUACAGCUUUGGGGGGGUGGGUUUCAACUUCCUCAUUGCCGCUUUUGGCCUGCAGUGGGCUCUCCUCAUGCAGGGCUGGUUCCACGCCCUGGACCCAAACACUGGAAAAAUCACCAUCGGAGUAGAGAGUUUGAUCAACGCUGACUUCUGUUGCGCUGGCUCUCUGAUCGCCUACGGUGCCCUGUUGGGAAAAGUCAGCCCGGUCCAGACUUUGGUCUUCACCUUGUUUGGUGUCACCCUCUUCGCUGUGGAGGAGUACAUCAUCUUGGACCUCUUACACUGCAGAGACGCUGGGGGCUCCAUGGUCAUUCACGCCUUCGGGGGAUAUUAUGGUCUGGCCAUCUCCUGGGUUCUGUACCGACCAAAACUUGACCUAAGCAGACGCCUGAAUGGAUCCGUAUACCACUCGGAUGUCUUCGCCAUGAUUGGUACAUUGUUCCUAUGGAUGUUCUGGCCUAGUUUCAACUCGGCUAUCACAGACCACGGCGCCGGUCAGCACAGAACGGCCAUCAACACUUAUAUCGCCCUGGCGUCGUCCGUGCUCACCACCGUUGCCAUAUCUAGCUUGUCACAGAAGAGAGGCAAAUUGGACAUGGUGCAUAUUCAGAAUGCCACCUUAGCUGGUGGCGUUGCUAUGGGAACUGCGGCUGAGUUCAUGAUCAUGCCCUAUGGAGCACUCAUUGUGGGCUUCCUCACUGGCAUCAUCUCGACUUUUGGCUACCUUUUUGUCACGCCCUUUUUCGAAAAGUACCUGAAACUGCAGGAUACAUGUGGUGUCCACAACCUGCAUGCUCUACCGGGCAUGCUUGGCGGCUUUACUGGUGCAAUUGUUGCUGCUGCCGCCACUGAAAGUGUCUACAGCCAACAAGGACUGAUCGACACCUUUGACUUUGAAGGCAAGUUUGCGGGCAGGUCUGUGGGCACGCAGGGAGGCUUCCAGGCUGCCGGCACAUGUGUGGCUAUUGCUUUUGGACUCGUAGGAGGAGCACUUGUUGGUGUAAUCCUCAGAAUCCCCAUCUGGGGUGACCCCGCUGAUGACAACUGCUUCGACGAUGAAGUCUACUGGGAGGUUCCCGAGGAAGAAGAGAGCAUUCCUCCGGUGUUGGAGUACAACAACCACAUGAUAAACAAACACCAAGACCUCUCUGAGUCCAACUUCUCUGUGGAGCAGAGCUAGUCACAAAGGAUCCCAAAGGACUUGCCAGCACAAUCACAAAUAGUCUGAAAAA